AAAAUUGAGAAACCAAAGAAAACGAAAAAGUUCCAGUUUUUAGGGUUUUAGUCUCGCUUUCCGACCUUGGUUGCUUGGAUUUCCAUCAAUGGCGAGCUCGGCCAUGGAUCAUCAGCUCGAAGUUAUCAAUUCUCUUCGAAUCACGCCGCUCGACGAUGACGAUGAAGGUCAAGAUGAGGUCGAGGAAAUUGAAAUCGAUGAAGAUGAUGAAGAGGAGGAGGAGGAUGAGGAGGGAGUCACCCUUGGCUUCGUUGAGAAACCGAAGAACCCUCGUUCCCUUCUUCGCCAUCUCUUCCCCAGCAAGGCUGGUGGUGUCCCUGCGUGGUUGGAUCCGGUGGACUUGCCGCCGGAGAGUGCCCGAACUUGCGGAUUUUGUGGCGAUCCCCUUCAAUUCCUUCUCCAGAUUUAUGCACCAAUAUCGGAGAAAGAGUCAACAUUUCAUCGCACUUUCUUUGUGUUUAUGUGCCCGUCCAUGGCGUGCCUUCUUAGGGACCAGCAUGAGCAGUGGAAACAUGGCGUAGAUAAGCCUCAUAGAAGUGUGAAGGUGUUCCGCUGCCAAUUACCUCGGAGCAAUCCUUUCUAUUCAAGUGAGCCACCGAAGUAUGAUGGCACUGAUAAACCAUUGAGCACUGGAGCUGUUCUGUGUUCUUGGUGUGGCACAUGGAAAGGAGAGAAAGUUUGUGGUAGUUGCAGGAAAGCACGUUAUUGCUCUGAGAAACACCAGCUGAUGCAUUGGCGAUCUGGACAUAAAAAUGACUGCCGCCAAAUAUUUAUUUCUUCUCACUCUUCAGUAUUGGAUCAUGGUAAUGGCAGGGAAAAGUUGCCAGCAAUAGAAAAAGUUGCGUGCAGAACUCUAUGGCGUGAGCAUGAGAUUGCAAUUGAGGACGAGUCUACUUAUGAGUCAAAUAUGUCUGAUGAUAAUGGCUGUGGGACAUCAAUAGUUCCUGCAAAUAAUAAAAAAGAUGAAACAUUUCAAUCAGUGUUAAAUAAGUUUGAGGCUAAUGCUGAUAAAAAGAAAUGGGCAUCUUUUCAAGAACGAAUUGCCAGGGCCCCCGAGCAAGUUUUGAGAUAUUGUCGGGAUUUGACGGCAAAACCACUAUGGCCAUUGCUAAUUGGCCGUCCAUCUAAGGAGGACAUCCCCAAAUGCAACUAUUGUAAAGGUCCUCUAUGUUAUGAGUUUCAGAUAAUGCCUCAGUUGCUUUAUUACUUUGAUGUGAAAAAUGAACCAGACUCUCUUGAUUGGGCUACAAUUGUUGUAUUUACUUGUCUAAACUCAUGCGAGGCAAGUUUAGCCUACAAAGAGGAAUUUGCUUGGGUUCAGCUAUAUCCUUCAACAGGAACACUCUGAUUUUGCUCCAAUAUAAUCCAGGCUUCUCCUCUAGCAUCAAAAUACAAGAAUUCAUAACCUUUUCUAGUCAAUUGUUAGUGCAUGUCCAUGAACGGCAUGAAAUCGAGGAAUUAAAUUAAGCUUCUGUUCUUGUUCUUGCAUCUUCAGUAUAGACAUCUGCACUUAUCAUUGACAUUCUAUGCAAACAUGUUCUUUUGGUAGUUGUAUGUACUCUCUUCAUCAUUGUAAUGCAAAAAAGCUUGUGAAAAUUGACAUUUCCAUUUGCUGCCAGUCUAUAAAAUUCUAAUUUUGCUAUUUGAAUCGGAAUCAUUUUUUCGAUAAAUUACGAUUAACGUGGUCCAAACAAACUAUACCACAAAAGGUAUAAACUAUGUAACAAGUUGUGAGUCUUGAUCAUGAUCUUUA